CAAACAGCCACUCUGCCCAGAAUUCAUCCUCCUCCCUAUACGGUUCUGUCGUCUACCUCUCGCUUCUCAGUUCCUGGCGAGACUGUUGUCGCUGUGUUUGGGCCUCAGUAAGACGGCGAGUCCCAGGAGCCUAGGGAGCCGUGGCGCUGGGAGUCUCGGCCAGCUGGACAGCAGGCGUCCGCCAAGCGGCCACUGAAUGUUUGUUUGCUACUGAUGGGUGUGAGCAAGUUAGAUAUUCUAUACCGGAGACUACUCCUUACAAAACUUUUUAUCAGAGGAUGGGGAAGGCCAGAGGAUCUCAAAAGACUCUUUGAAUUUAGAAAGAUUAUUGGAAAUCGAGAAAGAUGUCAGAAUCUGGUUUCAAGUGAUUAUCCAGUGUACAUCGAUAAGAUUGAAGAGCAAUCAGAUUGUAAGAUCCUAGAUGGACACUUUGUUUCCCCCAUGGCCCAUUAUGUGCCUGAUAUCAUGCCAAUUGAAUCUGUUAUUGCUAGGUUCCAAUUUAUUGUGCCUAAAGAGUGGAACAGCAAAUACAGACCUGUAUGCAUUCAUCUUGCUGGAACAGGAGAUCAUCAUUACUGGAGACGACGAACACUAAUGGCUCGUCCUAUGAUUAAAGAAGCCCGAAUGGCCUCUUUGCUGUUAGAAAACCCUUAUUAUGGCUGCAGGAAACCCAAGGACCAAAUAAGGUCCAGCUUAAAAAAUGUGUCCGACCUUUUUGUUAUGGGAGGAGCUCUUGUUUUAGAAUCUGCAGCUCUCUUGCACUGGCUAGAGAGGGAGGGCUAUGGACCUCUAGGAAUGACCGGAAUAUCCAUGGGAGGACAUAUGGCUUCCUUAGCAGUAUCCAACUGGCCUAAGCCCAUGCCACUGAUUCCAUGUCUGUCUUGGUCCACAGCAUCUGGGGUCUUCACUACGGGCGUGCUAAGUAAAUCAAUUAAUUGGAGGGAACUAGAAAAGCAGUAUUAUACACAGACAGUUUAUGAAGAAGAAAUUAUUCACAUGCUUGAAUACUGUGGAACAGAUUCUUUCAAAAUGGGACAAGAGUUCGUGAGACGCUUCCCCAGCAGUGCAGACAAGCUAACUAACCUUAAUCUGGUUUCUAGAACUUUAAAUUUAGAUAUGACGGACCAAGUUGUGUCCCAAAAACCUGUUGAGUGCCAUAAAUCUAGUAAAACAUCUAUCAGUGCCACAUCAGAAGGACUCUUGUUACAAGAUACCUCUAACAUGGACUGCUUCAAUCAAACACUUUCAACCAACAAAAGUAGUUACACAAGUUGCAGUCCUCAGUCAUGCCACCUACUCAGUAAAGAACAAAGAAGAAACAAUCUUCAGAAAGAAUCUUUAAUAUUUAUGAAAGGAGUUAUGGAUGAAUGUACUCAUGUAGCAAAUUUCUCAGUUCCAGUUGACCCAAGCCUCAUCAUAGUGGUUCAAGCCAAAGAAGAUGCCUAUAUUCCACGAACAGGAGUUCGAAGUCUACAAGAAAUUUGGCCUGGUUGUGAAAUCCGAUAUCUAGAAGGGGGUCAUAUUAGUGCUUAUCUUUUUAAACAAGGACUCUUCAGGCGAGCCAUCUAUGAUGCAUUUGAACGCUUCCUCCAUAAAUAUGCUAACUAAUGGGAUCACUGUAUGUAGCCAGUGGAGCCAUCAUGUUUCUUACAAAAGGAGCUUCAUCCUUUGAUGAUGUGAAGAACAAUCAGACAGCACUAUAUACUCUACCUGCUGUCAAUGAGCCUGGAAUUCAGUAUACAAGUCAGUCAACUAUUAUCUUUAAAUACAUUUGAAUAAUUGUAAACCAACAUUUGGAUGAAAUAAUGUUGAAUAUUUUGUUAGUUUGUGGGAAUCCCAUAAAAAUCAAUAUCUAGUCCUUUGUUAUUUAUGAAAACUUUACAUUUUUAUUAUGAAUAAUUUAUUAAUUUAAAAUAAAGGUAUUCAUAGAAACCCUUUUGGUUUUUAAAGAACUGCUAAAUCAAACUUCAUUUGUAAUAUGUCAGCCUGUGUUGUAUAUAUUCCCUUACAUCGUAUUUCUAUUAUUGACUUGAUUUGAGAAACAUGUUUCUUCUAUGGAUCCGUAGUGAAUUUAUAAUCCUAUUUUCAAUAUUAAUUUUCUUCCAUGGAUAAUUCUGUGUAAAAUCAGUGUUAAUGCUAACUUUGAAUUCUAAGAAAUCCUGAUUGCUUUGUAUUUUAAGUGCUUUUAAUAAUUGAAUGUGAGAAUGAAGAUAAGAUGCAUAAGACCUUAAAACUUUGCCAAAUAUUAGGUUAGAAAAAAUGCCAAAGUAUUUCCCCUACUUGAAAAGUUUCAAUUCAUGAAAAAUGAAAAUGAACACAGACCUAUUGCAUUAAUUGAUAGGUAACGAUUUCUUAACAUUUUCUUGUAUACAUACUCAGAGUUUGCUAAACGUCUAACUUUAGGCCAAAUACUUAAACAAAGUCAAAACUUUGACUUUUUAAUUUCAGAAAUUAAUGGCCACUUAUAAAAUUUAUUUGUCCCAUAUAAACUUCAUUUUAUAGAAAAGAUAUAAUAACUAGUAACAUUUUAACCUUUUUAAAAAGAAGUAUUAUAUGUUUACACUUGGUGCUUUCUUUUUAUCUUAAACUUCUGAAGCCAAGAGCUAAAAUGUUUUUUAAAAGUAGAAAAUAUUUUGGAUUUGGAAUAAAUGUAUUUGAGUUGCAUUUGUUUGAAGUAUGUGUUGUCUGUGGGUUACUUUAUUAUAAGUAAUCCUACUCUAGUAAGGAUAUUUGAAUUAUAAGGUGCUUUGCAGCUUUUUAAGGGAGAUUUUAUUUGUCCUUAUAAUGCCUCCAUCACCUUAAUUUUUAAAAACUAUUUUUAAAUGAUUAACGUGAAGUCACCAGUGGCAUACAAUGUUGUAAAUUCUGUAAAAUUGCUUUGACAUAACAAGCAAACAUGGUUUGAGCUGUAAAAUUUACAUGUUUAGAUUAGAACCUUUUCACUGACAGUAUGAAAUUACUAAGGUUCUCCAACAAAAUACUCUUUAAAGAUAAACUUGUUGGUUAACUGAAAUACAAGUAUUUUCUUAUGUAUUUAGUGAGGUGAUUGAAUGCUUUCGGAGCAAUGGCUUGAGCAAACCCAAUACUUUAUUUUUCACAUAAAUAUUUCCUAUAAGCAAUAAUGUACAUAAUAAUGUAUUUAACUGUCAAUUUGUAAAAGAAUAAAAUUCAUUUCAUUUUAAUAAACUCUUAGGCAUAAUUAAUCUCUCCCAAAUAAAUGUGAAAAAAAAGUAUUUUUAAAAAUUUCUUCUCUUAGUUGGAUGUUUUAAGAAUAUAUCCACACAACUACCUAAAGAAAUGUUGUCUCAUUUUUAAGAUUGGGUACAUAACUUGCUAGAAAUUCAUUUAGCCCAGAGCUGCAAACUGACAGUCAGUUCAGGCCAGCUUGGCCCAUGGUUGUUUUAUUCAGGGUGCAUAAUUCCAAAAGUUUUUAAUUCAGAAAGUCUUUAUAUUGGGUAUGCAGUCCCCCAUUUGCCAUAGUCCACCAGACUCCAGGCUCAUACAUGAGACUACUUCACUACUUUGUGUUGCCCACUUGGCCCUGAAGACAUCUGAGCUUGAGACCUUGGUUUAGAUCUGUGGUUUUAAAAAGUUUCUGAAUUUCAUGAUUUGAUAAAACUGUAAGUACUGUUGAAUCAUUUUAGCGUAUGCAUUUUUAGAUUGUUUCUUAUGAAUGUAAAUUUUAAUGUGGUGCUUUCUUUUGUAAAGAUCAUUGAAUUAUUAACUCUGUAACUAAAAUUUUAAAAUCAUUUCCAAAUAUUUUAUAUUCACAAUAAAAGUCUAUUUAAAAAAUUA